UGGUGUAUUUAAAUCAUGUGCAAAUUCAAAUUAUAUCCAGAGGAGAGAGCAGACACAGUUGGGUGCACAAUUUAAUCGGAAAAGAAAAGUGAUCGGAUUAAGAAUAAACGAAAAUGAAAAUUUUUAUUUUAUUGUUGGGGAUCUCCCUCGUGAUGGCAGGGCAAAAUCCGGACGAAGGUUGCAGCUGGAAACAAGUUCCUGGAGGUUUGAAAGUGGUCUCAACUGGACAGGCAGGAGUGUGGGGUGUGAACCGUCAUGAUAACAUAUACUAUAAAUCAGGAACAUAUUUGGGAGAUUUUGUUCAACAACCAGCACCUUUGGGAUCUGACUGGAAACAAAUUGCUGGCGGACUAAAAGAAAUCAGUUCGGGACACAAUGUUGUUUGGGGAGCAAAUGCUCAUGAUAAUAUUUACGUCAGGAAGGGUAUCUCUGAAAGCCAGCCUUCUGGGACGCAUUGGAAGAAAAUUUCGGGAGGAUUGAAACAAGUGAGCGUCAGCCCGCAAACUAACAGCGUUUGGGGUGUUAACAGGAACGAUGAUAUAUUCUUUCGAAAGGGUGCUUCUCUAUCCAAUCCAGAAGGUACAGGAUGGCAGCACAUUCCUGGAAAAUUGAAAUAUGUAUCUGUUGGUGGCUCUGGUGUUUGGGGCGUCAAUAAACAUGAUCAGAUAUAUUACAGAAAGGGAACCUUUGGUGGAUAUGGAGCUGGAACCGACUGGCAAAAUAUACCUGGCGGUCUUAUGCAGAUUCACAGCGGUCUAAACAUUGUCUGGGGUGUCAACAAACAUCAUAACAUAUACAUCAGAGAAGGUAUUAGUCACUUAAACCCUACUGGUACUGGCUGGCGUCAAGUCGAUGGUGGUUUAAAAUACGUUUCUGUAAACAGUGCAGAUAACGGUGUGUGGGGAGUCAACAAGAAUGGAAACAUCUACUAUCGAAAAGGCGCUGGGCUCUAAAUAGCACCGAAUAAAAAGAUGGUAGAGUGCUAUGACUUCUGAGUACAGUUAAUUUGCUAAUAAGAGAAUAUAAAAUGCUUGUUUAGA